AUGUUGCAAAAUACCUCUUUCCUCUCGACAGCACAUUCCGAGGGUGAGAGAAAAUUUCUUUCCAAACUCAUUAGCUCUCAACAGCAAUCUCAACAAUACGCUGAUGAAAAUUUAAAGAACAAAGCCCGAUCACUCAUACCUGUGGAUCGUAUUCAUCAAAAUGCGCAAGAAAAAUUUAAGUUUGCAAAGGAACGAGAUCCGAAUGCGAAACCUCUCUUGGAGCGGUUGAUCAUACAAGAAUUAUUAAAUUGGUUUAAAGGAGAAUUUUUCAAAUGGGUAAACAAUCCACCAUGUGGUAAUUGUAAAUCUACAAAUACUCACCUUACCGGAGGAACAUCCCCUAAUUUUGAAGAGGCCGCGAAUUUAGCUGGAAUGGUUGAGCUAUAUUCUUGCCAGGAUUGUAACAAGACCACUCGUUUUCCGAGAUAUAAUUAUGUAGGAAAACUGCUAGAAACAAGAAGGGGAAGAUGUGGUGAAUGGGCACAAUGUUUCACCUUAUGUGCGAGGGCUCUUGGCUAUGAUUCACGUUUUGUCUUGGAUUGGACGGAUCAUGUGUGGACUGAAGUCUUUUUGGACGGAUCGUGGAUUCACUGUGAUAGUUGUGAAGGUGUUCUCGACUCUCCUCUCAUGUACGAAUCUGGGUGGCAGAAAAAAUUAUCCUAUGUCAUUGCAUUCUCUAUUGAGGAGGUUGUUGACGUAACAAAAAGAUACACCCGACACUUCUAUGAUAGCGAGUUUCAAAAAAGAAGAAGGGAUAUUGGAAUUAGCGAAGAGUUUCUCUCUGAAGCGUUGAGAAACAUUAAUAACCAGCUUCAAAUAUUCAUGCCCCCAUAUAGAGCUACUUUUAUUAAGAAAAAACAGGAAAAAGAAAUGGAAGAAUUAGAACAAAAACAAAGCAUUAGUGAAGAUAAUCUCAAGGAUGAAGAAAAAAGAGGAAGAAUUUCUGGUUCUAAGGAAUGGAAAGAGGCAAGAGGAGAGUCUGGUAAAACAUGUGAAGUUGGUGCUAGCUGUUCUGUUCCACAAUUUGUUAUGGACCAGUCAAUCACUGAAACACUUGAUUCUUUUUCUCAUAUCCAAGAUAUUAUUGCGAGCAAAAGAAACUCCAUUCUAUGUUUAGGAUCGAGCAAGAUUGUCAAUGACACCAUUGUCUUGACUGAAGACAAAACGGAUCAAGUUGGAAUGGCCGUAUUGAAUGAAGAAUUCGAGUUGCAAGACAUGUUGAUAUCCUUCAAGUUUAUUGUUAGAAAAUCUUCAGGAACUGGUGCUGAUGGAUUUUCCUUGUUAUUGCAUUCUAAUGCACAACACAAUUUGGGUAUUGGAGGUUCAGGAAUAGGUUAUGAAGGCAUACCAAACUCGAUUGCAAUUGAGUUUGAUACGUAUCAAACGGUUGAUAGAACAAGGGAUCCCAAUUCAAAUCAUAUAUCGAUCCAGACAAGAUAUAAUCAACCGAAUUCAGCUAACCACGACUAUUCAUUAUGCUGCCCAGGCAAUCUCCCUAUAACGAUUGCUGAUGGCUUACCCCACACAUGUAAACUAUUAAUUCAAAACAACAACAAGCUUACUCUCAUCUUAGACGACAAGUAUUUGUUUCUUAAGGACUUUGUUGUCGAUUUUCAACGAGUAUUCGGCAAUGGUAAAAAAUUCAAAAUUUCAUUCACAGGUGCAACUGGAGGUCUGUCUGAAGAACAUACCAUUUUAGCCUGGACUGUUUCUUUCAAGUCGCAAAAAGCUAAUGGAGAACAAAUAAGUACUAACCUUCCGCCUCUGGAGAGUUAUAUUCUUUUUGAAGAAGGUAAUUUGACAGGAAUUGAAAAGAAAUUUAGAGAGUUUUGUGCACUUGAAUCAACUUCUAUUUCAGAGCAACAAAUUCAAAGUUUGUUGAAUAUGUCGUCUUGGAAAAUGGUUGAUUGUAGUUUGAUUGUUAAUAUCAUCAAACAAUGGAAAUUUGAUCAUCUGUUUCCUGUGAUUGAUUUAUUAAGAUUAGCUGUUGUCAGUAACAAAUGGGUUGCUCAAACAUUUAGCAAGUUGUUUAUUCAAAAUCAAAAAGAUCAUUUGCUUUUAAAUGUUCUCGAUAGGCUUAAGGAAGCGAAUGAAACGAAUUCUAGCUAUUCAUACUGCCUUUUGACUCUUCGACUAUUGAACAACAUGUUUACGGAGAAAUUGAGCAGGGUAUAUGUGAACAAAUUCUCAGAAACCAUUCUGGAUCAGCUUUGUGAAAACAAACACUUUUCUGCUCAUCUCCAAAACAAAGCCUAUAUAAGGAAUGUUUGGAUCACCACUUUCUUUAACUUGUCUUUAUUAUUCACAAAAGAAUUUCCAUCUGAAGAAAUGACGGUUAGACUUUUCAACAUUGUAUUUGAAUUCUUAGAAAAUGAAUGCAAGAGAGAAGAUACAGACGAAUCAUGUUGUGUGAUGGCGUUGAAUGCCAUGGUGGUACUUUUAAAAAUUACCUCAAAAGAAGAUUCACUCAAUGAAGACAGCAUGCUUCAUGGUUUGGCUUUGAGCAUGGACUUGGUCACGCUCCUCUCUCGACAACUUGCCACAAAAUUUUGUGACACUCAACAACAUGCCCCACUUCAUGCUUUGAUUCACUCGAUCAUUCGCCACUUGGAUCUUUGA